ACUCCGAGCCGCGGGUCCCGGAGCGACAGGUCUUCUGUGGGUUGAAAUGUCUAUGAUUUUGUCUGCCUCAGUCAUUCGUGUGAGGGAUGGACUACCGCUGUCUGCAUCCACUGAUUAUGAGCAGAGCACAGGAAUGCAGGAGUGCAGAAAGUACUUUAAGAUGCUGUCCAGGAAACUUGCUCAAUUUCCUGAUAGAUGUACACUGAAAACGGGGCGCUAUAACAUUAAUUUCAUUAGCUCUCUGGGAGUGAGCUACAUGAUGUUGUGCAGUGAGAAUUAUCCAAAUGUUCUCGCCUUCUCUUUCCUGGAUGAGCUUCAGAAGGAGUUCAUUACUACUUAUAACAUGAUGAAGACAAAUACUGCUGUCAGACCAUACUGUUUCAUUGAAUUUGAUAACUUCAUUCAGAGGACCAAGCAGCGAUAUAAUAAUCCCAGGUCUCUUUCAACAAAAAUAAAUCUGUCUGACAUGCAGAUGGAAAUCAAGCUGAGGCCCCCUUAUCAAAUCCCAAUGUGUGAACUGGGAUCAGCAAAUGGAGUCACAUCUGCAUUUUCUGUUGACUGUAAAGGUGCUGGUAAGAUUUCUUCUGCCCAUCAGCGACUAGAACCAGCAACUCUGUCAGGGAUUGUGGCGUUUAUCCUUAGUCUUUUAUGUGGAGCUCUGAAUUUAAUUCGAGGCUUUCAUGCCAUAGAAAGCCUCCUGCAGGUACUAGUGAUGGUGAGGAUCUUAAUUACAUUAUUGCAUUUUUCCUUGGGACAGCAGCCUGCCUUUACCAGUGUUAUUUACUUGUGUACUACACCAGCUGGCGGAAUGUCAAGUCAUUUCUGACUUUCGGCUUAAUCUGUCUGUGCAACAUGUAUCUCUACGAACUGCGCAACCUCUGGCAGCUUUUCUUUCAUGUGACUGUGGGAGCGUUUGUUACACUGCAGAUCUGGCUGAGGCAAGCCCAAGGCAAGGCUCCUGACCAUGAUGUCUGACAUCUCCCUUCGGAUGAUUUGCCUUUGCCUUCAGGGGAAGAAGGAGAGGACAUAAAUUUGCUGCCAGUGUGAUGAAGAAACCAGUCACCACACCAGAGAAGCUCUGCUUUCUUUCUCUGCCCAUCUUCCCGUUUUGUUUUACAAAUCAGCCUGUGAGCGUGUGAGACCUGGUAAGAAAACUUCCACAAGGAUCCUUCCUACAGUGGAAUGUCAGGCCAUCACAGCAGAAGUUCAGAAUCACCUGAAGACCUGGCAGGCAGCACUGAAUCCUCACCAGAGAGUUAAGCAAAGCUUAGUCCUGGGACGUGCUCUGAGGACCAGGCAGAAAUGCUGCAACCUAAGUUUGCCUUUGUGAGGCAUUAGUGUAGACCAAUGAAGAAGAUGCUGCAGCAAUUGGAAAGCUACGAUCUAAGACAGCCACUGUACUAAGUGUCAGAUUAUUGGCACAGUUGUAGUAUCGAGAGUUUAUGAAGCCUAGAAUGGCAUGGAAUUGAUUUUUUUUACUUUUUCUGUUUCUGCCACCUUUUAACUCUGGAGAUCACCUGGUGUGGGAGAGGGCUGUGAUGUACAUCUCUACAAUAUCACAAGUCCUGACAACACAGUGAUAACGUGUUUUCUUUCUAGACCAUGUUUAUCAUUUCUUUUGAAAUCACUAAAAAUACAUGAUUCAUUUGACUAUUGUGGUCUUCCAAAUUCUUAUCAUUUGGGUACUAUGUAUACUAUUAUUUGCUUAGUUUCUAACCUUUAAGAUCAUAAAGUAUUUAACAAAGAAAGGAGCCCCUACUCCAAGUGGAAAAUGAGUUAUCAGUUUGCCAGCACACAAUGAAAUGCUAAGUUCUCACAAGGUACUGAUACCCACCAGGGCUCUAGACCCAAGUAGCACAUUCAUUGUAAUAGUGAAAGGUGUUGCCUGGCACCAAAAUGAGAGCCCUGUGGGAUACUCCAAGGAUAAUGGAAAACUGCAAAGGCAAUGGCUUUUUCAUGGUGGCACAGCACUGGUUAGUUAUGGUUACACCCAGAACCAGUUCAUUUGUUCCAGAGCUGCUGAGUGUGAGAAAUGAGACGUCCCCUGACAAUUCCGUUUACUUAAUGGUUUGGGGAGGUAACUGGUAUCCAGAAGAAAUAACACUCUUAUAACCUUGGAAGAUUAUUCAAGCCAUUUUGAAUUCAUGAUAGAGAAGCACAGCUUGAUUCUAUUUGCAAAAAUGUACAAGUCUACUGGUUUGGAGCCAUCAUGAAUGAUUUGCCUUUGUUUUUAAAGAAAAGAUUCCAAACAAGGACUGCAUAGGAUUCUGGUAACUUUAUAUCAUCCCUCAAAACAAUGGGCCUUGGUAUGUAGUCCCUUCAGGGGCUGUAAUUACUUGAUAGGAGGAGUCACUGAACUGCCUCAUCUCUCUAACCCAUUGUGUGGACACUUGCAAAAGUGGAAGAUACCUGGAACCUUCACUGCCCCUCCAUCUUAGAAAAAUAAGGUAGAAGGUAGGCAGUAAGUGGGUUUAUGAUGUCCAUGGUUUAUUUAAAACAAACUCCAAGUCUGUCUAGAUUUCUGUGGUAACAAAGCUGCUAACAAAGUUGUCACGUACCUUCUGAGAGCAGCCCCGAGCGAGGCACCACAUGGACUGUGUUUGGCAUUGUAUACCUAUUGAGCCUUGUAAGUAAAGUGGUUCAACUUAGGAAGGCUUUCUGAGCUAGUGGGUAGAGCAGAAGAGAUUCCUCAUGAUAGUUAAUCAACCAGGAAAUGUGGGCUUUCUGAUUAAUUGUGGCUUUACUACAUCUCCGUAUUUGAUAGCUCUCUUACUGGUUUGAUUCAAAAGCUACCUCAGCAUCACUGUGUUGUGUUGCAGUGUUUAGAAUUUGAGUCUGUUCAGCAGGGGCACUUGAAAAAAAAAUCACCAUUUAUUUCUAAAAGCUUGUUUUUCUGUUUGUGUUUUACCAGCUGUUUUGGGUUAAGAGAGUGUUUAUAUCUUAAUGAAACAGCUAUAAGUAAUCUUUUCUGUAUCCCACUGCCAUCUUUCAUUCUUUAGAAUGUGCAUCCCUAAGAGGGAACAUAAUUACCUUGAUGUUGUCCAAGAAUCUCUAGGCUUGUCAGGGUCCUAGAGAGCCUCUUCAGUGUCUAAGCUGUAGCACUGAUAGCAGCUUCCAUUUGAAGUGCGCCUUUACUCCCAAGCAUUCGCUCCCUCGGGGUCCUCGUGAGGUGUGUGUGGCUGUGCUGGAGUAAUCAGAUCCCCACUUACGUGUCACAUAGCUAAGUACACGUGCGCUAAUUGCGCACCAGGCUCUGUGACCAGUGUGGGACUAAUGAAAGGACUCUGUGACAACAGUCUUCCCAGCAUGUGUCAAUGGAUGUUUAUCUUAAUUUAGUUCUGAAAUGCUGCCUGUUUACUCUGCCAAGAACAGACACUCUGUCAUAAUCUAAAAGUAUUUGCUUACUUUAUUGGUCUGGGUUUGAAAUGUAUUCAUACUGAGUCUUUUCCCUGAAAGAACAACAUGCCAAGAAAAGUCACAAAAGAUGGUGUUGUUAAAAGCUGAACAGAAAGGGAGACAGACCAGAGCAGUGACAUACAAUGGGGAGCUACAGCUGCCACUGUGGCUCGGAGGGUGUGAGUCGGUGUCCAGAAGCUAGGGUCAGAAGGGAGCAAGUUAGACAGGGCUCUGUCAAAGAUGAAACACAUUCCAGAUAAGGUCUCUUGUACUGAUGAAUUUGGUAAAAAUGUUCUCACUUGGGGUCCUGGGAAGUGCUAAAAUGAGCAGAACUCUUAAAUAGACAUUGUAUUUGCAUAUUGUGCAGAUUAUCUGUUUGUCACAGGUUUCCAUUUCUGUGUGUAUGCAUGCAUGUGUGUUUGUGCAUAUGUGUGUGUAAGGAUUUUAUUUUGUUCCUAUAAUUAAGAAUUCUUGCCCUGAGCUAAGAACAAGUACCUAUUAAAGCAUGAAAGUCCAUUUGAGACGAAUGAA